AUGGACAGAUCACCAGCCUCUAACUCAUGUCUUCUCACGCCGAAGAGCAACAGGCCGAGUCGUUAUGCACAUGAGCUCGGGGAAUACGACUUUGCUCUGCGGUACAAGCAGGGGUCCAGUAACCUCGACCCUGACCUUCUCUCAAGACCGGCAGGUGAACCGAUCCCACAUAUAGAAAUCUGUCCAGUUGAGCAUCCUGAUCCUGAGCUAGAACCUGAGCCUCCAGACCAGCUUGAACAUCAUGAUCCCGAGCCAGAACCUGAGCCUCUAGACCAGCUUGAACAUCAUGAUCCUGAGCCAGAACCUGAGCCUCCAGACCAACCUGAACAUCAUGAUCCUGAGCCAGAACCGGAGCCUCCCGACCAGCCUGAGGAUGACCCAGAUCUCACCACCAUGGACCCUAGAAAGAUGAGGGAGCAACAACUACAAGAUCCAACUUGCAACGACCUCAUCAGAGCCUUGCGGACAUACCAGAAUCUGUGCAAUUCCUGGUAUUUCCCUAACAUGCUUCGCCAGUCGAGGGAGUAUGUAGCUAGGUGUCCAGUGUGUCAACACCAGAAGGGUUCUGCUGUUCGUGUUCCCAUGCAAGGCCAUCCACCACCAGAGGCCCCUCUAGUGAUGGUUUCAGCAGACCUCAUGGAUCUGAGAAGUUCUUCCAGAGGCUACCGUUAUGUUUUAUCCAUUAUCGAUCACCACACCCGCUUCUUGCAGCUGGCCCGUCUUCGUGACAAGACAGCUGAAAGAUCCAAUGGAGUGGUAGAGCGUAGCAACAGAGCUGUGAAAGAUGCACUGGCAGCACUGGUUCAGCGUGCACCAUCUCAGUGGCCCAUACAUCUGCCUGCUGUCUGCCUUGCCCUGUACAUGGCUAUUCACCGCUCGGUUGGAGACCAACCUCUCUACCUACUGUCAGGCAGAAUGGCUCUGUUUGCCAAGGGGCUUACAAACGACCAGACUCCAGACGAGGGACUCAUGGUGAAGCGCUUGUCAGAUGCAUGUCAUCUGGCUGUUGAAGUAAGCCUGAAGACACGAGAGACCAACAAGGCUUAUUACGACCAAAGAGCAAAGGCCACUCCAACUUUUGAACAAGGUUCUCUUGUGGUUCGGAAAGUCUAA